GAAAACCCCGGCGACCGCCGCGACGACCUGCACGCUCCAAAGCGAGUGCCAAUUCCCGCACACCACGGCCCUCAGAAUACCCUUCAGCCAGGAGGGAGCUCCGUUGCUCUAAGACUUGCCUGGGGAGCCGGGACGCCCCUCUGGCGAUCUGUCAGUGCCUGGAUCAGCUGCAUCCUUUCUGGGGUAUUUUGUUACCAGACUGACAGUCCUUAAGACAAGUAUGCAGUUAAGCUGCUAAGGGAUGGAAGAAGCCAGCCUGUGCCUUGGAGUGGCGGCGGCGGCGGCGGCGCCCGAGGCCGAGCCCCACCUGAGCGGCCCCGUCCUCAACGGCCAGUAUGCCAUGAGUCAGAAGCUGCACCAGAUCACCUCCCAGCUCAGCCAUGCCUUCCCCGAGCUGCACCCCCGGCCCAACCCCGAGGACAAGGCCCCCGCGCCCCUCGACGAGAAGGCGCACGUGCCCAUGAGCGGCCAGCCCAUGGGCAGUCAGAUGGCGCUCCUGGCCAACCAGCUGGGCCGGGACGUGGACACCAGCCUCAACGGGCGGGUGGACCUGCAGCAGUUCCUCAACGGGCAGAACCUGGGCAUCAUGUCCCAGAUGAGCGACAUCGAGGACGACGCCCGCAAGAACCGCAAGUACCCGUGCCCGCUGUGCGGCAAGCGUUUCCGCUUCAACAGCAUCCUCUCCCUGCACAUGCGCACUCACACGGGCGAGAAGCCCUUCAAGUGUCCCUACUGCGACCACCGGGCGGCGCAGAAGGGCAACCUCAAGAUCCACCUGCGGACCCACAAGCUGGGCAACCUGGGGAAGGGGCGCGGGCGGGUGCGCGAGGAGAACCGCCUGCUGCACGAGCUGGAGGAGAGAGCCAUCCUGCGGGACAAGCAGAUGAAGAGCAGCCUGCUGCAGCCCCGGCCCGACCUGAAGCCCCUGGCGCACGCCCAGCAGGCCCCGCUGGCCGCCUGCAACCUGGCCCUGCCCGCCAACCCCAGCGUGCCCGACGUGGCCCACCCGGCGCCCUCGCCCAAGCCGGCCAGCGUGCAGGAGGACGCCGUGGUCCCGGCCGCCGGCUUCCGCUGCACCUUCUGCAAGGGCAAGUUCAAGAAGCGCGAGGAGCUGGACCGCCACAUCCGCAUCCUGCACAAGCCCUACAAGUGCACGCUGUGCGACUUCGCCGCCUCGCAGGAGGAGGAGCUCAUCAGCCACGUGGAGAAGGCCCACAUCACCGCCGAGUCGGCCCAGGGCCAGGGCCCCAACGGCGGCGGGGAGCAGUCGGCCAACGAGUUCCGCUGCGAGGUGUGCGGGCAGGUGUUCAGCCAGGCGUGGUUCCUCAAGGGCCACAUGCGGAAGCACAAAGACUCCUUCGAGCACUGUUGCCAGAUCUGUGGCCGGCGCUUCAAAGAGCCCUGGUUCCUCAAGAACCACAUGAAGGUCCACCUCAACAAGCUGUCGGUGAAGAACAAGUCCCCCAGCGACCCGGAGGUGCCCGCGCCCAUGGGCGGCAUGUCCCAGGAGGCCCACGCCAACCUGUACUCCAGGUACCUGUCCUGCCUGCAGAGCGGCUUCAUGGCCCCGGACAAAGCCGGCCUGAGCGAGCCCGGCCAGCUGUACGGCAAGGGGGAGCUGCCCAUGAAAGAGAGGGAGGUCCUGGGCAAGCUGCUGUCGCCCAUCUCCAGCAUGGCCCACGGCGUCCCCGAGGGCGACAAGCACUCCCUCCUGGGGUGCCUCAACCUCGUGCCGCCGCUCAAGUCCAGCUGCAUCGAGCGGUUGCAGGCGGCCGCCAAGGCUGCCGAGAUGGACCCGGUCAACAGCUACCAGGCCUGGCAGCUCAUGGCCAGGGGCAUGGCCAUGGAGCACGGCUUCUUGUCUAAAGAGCAUCAGCUACAGCGCAACCACGAAGACACUUUGGCAAACGCCGGAGUUAUGUUUGAUAAGGAGAAGCGGGAGUACGUGUUAGUGGGAGCAGAUGGCUCCAAGCAGAAAAUGCCUGCUGAUUUCGUUCACAGCACUAAAGUGGGCAAUCAGAGAGACCUGCCAAAUAAGCUCGACCCUUUAGAAGGCAGUCGGGAUUUUUUGUCACACGGGCUGAACCAGGCGCUCGAGUACAACCUGCAGGGUCCCGGGAACAUGAAGGAGAAGCCCACCGAGUGCCCCGACUGCGGCCGCGUGUUCCGCACCUACCACCAGGUGGUCGUGCACUCCCGCGUCCACAAGCGGGACCGCAAGGGCGACGAGGACGGGCUGCACGUGGGCCUGGACGAGCGGCGCGGCUCGGGCAGCGACCAGGAGUCCCAGUCGGUGAGCCGCUCCACCACGCCGGGCUCCUCCAACGUCACCGAGGAGAGCGGGGCCGGCGGCGGGCUCUCGCAGACCGGGAGUGCCCAGGAGGACAGCCCGCACCCCUCCUCGCCGUCCUCCUCAGACAUCGGCGAGGAGGCGGGGAGAGCUGCCGGCGUCCAGCAGCCCGCGCUGCUUCGCGACAGGAGCCUGGGCUCGGCCAUGAAGGACUGCCCGUACUGCGGGAAGACCUUCCGGACAUCCCACCACCUAAAGGUGCACCUGCGGAUACACACAGGUGAGAAGCCCUACAAGUGUCCCCACUGUGAUUACGCCGGCACCCAGUCAGCGUCCUUAAAAUACCACCUCGAGCGGCAUCACCGGGAGAGGCAGAACGGAGCCGGGCCGCUGUCCGGACCGCCCCCCAGCCAAGACCACCGGGACGAGCUGCCCAGCAAAGCCGCUUUGUUCAUCCGGCCGGACAUUCUGAGGGGGGCCUUCAAGGGCCUCCCCGGGAUCGACUUCAGAGGCGGCCCCGCCUCUCAGCAGUGGACAGCCGGAGUGCUCUCGUCCGCGGACCACUCGGGCCAGGCCAGCGGCAUGGCUCCCGAGGCUCCUUCGGAGGCCCUGAAGGGCGCCGACCUGCCUUCCAAAAGCACCCACUUCUCCGACAUCGGGAGAGCGUAUCAGAGCAUCGUGAACAACGGUGUGAAUUUCCAGGGGUCCUUGCAAGCCUUCAUGGACAGCUUCGUCCUCAGCUCCUUGAAGAAGGAGAAGGACGUGAAGGACAAGACCCUGUCCGACCCUCCCUCCACGAAGGUGCACGGGCCGGACGGCGGUGAGGACAAAGCCGGCGGGAAGGCGGGCCCCAGGAAGUCGGAGAAAUCUCAGUACGAGCCUCUAGACUUGUCGGUGCGGCCCGACGCCGCCUCGCUCCCGGGCUCGUCGGUGACCGUGCAAGACAGCAUCGCGUGGCACGGCUGCUUGUUCUGCGCCUUCACGACGUCGUCCAUGGAGCUGAUGGCCCUGCACCUGCAGGCCAACCACCUGGGCAAAGCCAAGCGCAAAGACAGCGCCGUCGGGGUGACGGUCAACUGCAAGGACCAAGCCCGGGAGGCCGGCAAAGCGGCCCUGCUGCCCUCCGUACAGUCCAGCAAAGAGAUGGCCCUUUCCAACAUGCUUGGGCCUCUGGAGGCUGCUUCCGAGAAGACGGCCCAAGGAGCCGCCAAGGAGACUCUGGGGGAGCCGAAGAGCGGCGGCGCGUGGCCCGGCCUGGUGGACCCCGCGUUCUGUAACUUCCCGUCAGACUUCUACAAGCAGUUUGGCGUCUACCCGGGCCUGGUGGGCUCGGGGGCCCCCGGUUCCUGCGCCGGCAAGGAGCCCGACGGGAAGGCCCACUCGGAAGACGACGCCCCGAUCCUGAUCCCCGAGACCGCCAACAAGAGCGCUCCCGACGACCUCUCCGACAUUGCCUCCUCCGAGGACAUGGACUCCUCCAAGGGGGAGAACAACGACGAAGAGGAUCUGGAAACGGAGCCCGAGAUGAUGAGCAAGCCCCAGUCGGCCCUCGGCAAGGACGGCGGCGGCGACGGCGGGGACGGCCUGCUGCCCGCGGGCGCCCCUCAGCCCGUCCAGGGACUGGUGUCGCCGGGACCCCAGGUGCCCGAGAAGCAGUGGCACGGCCCGGGCCUCCUUCCAGCCCAGGACCCCUCGGCGGGCCUGCCCAAGCCGGAGCGGGGCCCCCCGGGCCUGGAGAAGCCGCUGAACAUGUUGUCGGUCCUCAGGGCCUACAGUUCUGAUGGCUUAGCAGCCUUUAACGGACUUGCCAGUAGCACAGCAAAUUCUGGAUGUAUCAAGAGGCCAGACUUGUGUGGUCACAGGCCGUUUCAAUGCCGAUACUGCCCCUACAGUGCCUCGCAGAAGGGGAACCUGAAGACCCACGUCCUCUGCGUCCAUCGUAUGCCUUUUGACAACAGCCAGUAUCCCGACCGCAGGUUCAAGCGCUCCAGAGUCGACUCGGAGGCUUCUGGGAAUUUCGAAGACCCCACAGCUGUCAAGGCGGGUUGCUCAGCGGAGCUAACAGAAGAGGGCUGCAAAGCCCAGGAGGAGCGUAACUGA